AUGGUAGAAGACACCGAAACGAGGACCAAAGGAAGCAGAAAGGGCAAGAACACCCAGGUUCGGGUCGACAAUAAUGCCACAAACGAGAACGAGCUGGAGGCCAUCAACAAUGAAGCCGACGAAGACACCGAUUCCGACUCCGACUUUGAUGAUGGCAACAAGCGAUAUAACUUUCGCACCCUAGCAAAGCUCCUCGAACCCAUGCCAAAGCUCACGUCACGAAACUAUUAUAGCUGGAGCGCUCAUGUGAAAUCUUUCCUCCAAUCCGUGCCCCAUGCGAUGAAACAUCUCGAGGGAACGUAUGACAAGAAGCACCCGAAAUGGAGCUGCUCCCUCGAUGAUGCUUUAAUCAACGCCCUGCAUGGAACAAUUGACACUACCGGGGAAUACAAUGUAAAUUACCUCGUUCUAGAUGUAAUCAAGGAGUACCUUACUUUCAACCAAGUAUGGAGAAAGAUCGAAAACGGUCUCACGAAUGAAGCCACCAAGAUGUCUCACAGACUUGCGCUCAUCUCGCAGCUCAACGAUACAAAGAUGUUUCACUCGCAUUGUUCUCGGCUCUGCAGAAAUGCACGAUCCGGCAUCCGACCGCUGUCGAGAGCAUCCCCGCACAAAAGAUCGACCCCCGACAAGCCAGCGCUAGAACCGCCAGCAACGACGAUCAAAAUGAACAGGCCGGAGAGACCGAAGCCGAAGCUGACAACAGCCAUGCGAGCUCGAGGAACGCAGGCAGACCAUGCCGAAUCCGAUGCUGGAUCUGCAAGCGACCGGGACAUGGAAGUGUGGUGCUCCCUCACCCUCCCAUUGAAAUGGAAAGACCCCUCGAACACAAAAGAAACAGCUCAUUGGAUCUUGGACUCGGGGGCGAGUUAUCAUAUGGUGAAUGACUACAGCAUGCUCAUCCACCCGAGAACUUGCCGAAAGCGGAUAAUUACUGCCGGAAGCAAGGUCUUGGAAGAGGCAGCUAUAGGAGAUGCAAGCAUAUCAACAGAUUACAGGGAAAUCUCCCUACAAAAUGUAUUGUAUGUGAAGCAUCUUAAUGUUAACCUUCUGUCAACGAAUUCAUUAACGGAUGAAGGAGCACGAGUGAUAUUGGACACAACCGGCGGUCAAAUUUUUCUAACAAACGGCAUGACACUUAAGAUUGCAAAGAAUCGCGAGCGAGGACUUUUGGAGUUCCGAGGCGACACAUGGCAAGAAAGCGCGAUGGCCACAUCAGCACCAUUGUUUGAAGGUGUUGAUGAGGAGUUCGAGCAUAUUAAGAAUGAGCCGAAAGUUUCAAAGCAACAACUAUGGCAUGAGCGUCUUGGACACCCAGGAAGAGAUAAAGCUAAGGUGAUCACGAGCAAGUUAAAAGAUAAGCAUACCAUGAAAUUGGAUCCAAACACCACUCUGACAUGUGAGCAGUGCAUACGAUCCAAGAGCACAAGCGCUCGGAUGGGGAAAGGUAGCGGCGAAAGAGCCAUAGGGCCCCUGAAUCUUAUCCACAUCAAUCUAAUAAUAGACUUGUCCCACGUGACAGAGUACACAUGCACGUUGGUGCUGGUCGACGAUCAUAGCAAGUAUGUGUAUGCACAGCCAUUGACACGAAAGAGUCAUGCGUUUAUGCAACUCAAAAGGAUUGUUUCAUUCCUGGAGACACAGACGGAUCGGAAGCUAAAAGCGAUCCGAUCUGAUCAAGGAACGGAAUGGAAAAGCAAUGAUGCAUUAGAAUGGUCGCUAGAAAAGGGCAUAGAGUGGCAAACCACUGUAGGGUACAACAGCAAACAAAAUGGAUGGGUAGAGAGAAUGAACAGGACCCUUGGAGAGAAGAUGAGAACAUUGCUAAUGCAGAGGAGACUACCAAAGAAGUUCUGGCCAUACACGAUCAGAGCUGCGGCGUUCAAAAUAAACCUCACUCCGAGUGUUGAUAAUGAAUUCCCUUAUCAAGCAAUGUUUGGCAAGUUGCCGGAAUGA